GCGCAGGUGGGUUUGGUUGAAAGAAACGUGUAAAAGUGCCUUUGAAAACUCUUCCACCGUUUUUUCCCUUCGGGGUCAGUAACCUGUGAAGAGAGCACAAAAGGAUUUACUGAAAACGCGGAUUUUAUCUGGUCUUCGAGGCCGAGAUUACACCUGCUUCCAACAGAACCAGGCUAACGGGACGGUUGGCGACCUACUGUAGAUGAAUCGGAGAGAGAAGGAAGGAAGGAGACAGCUUAUUAUAUACUGUUGCCCUCUGCUGCCACUGUAUACAGAUGUAUGCUGAGAAAGUUGUAACGGAGGGGAAGAUGGGGAGCAGGGGAAUCUCCCUGACCUGUGUGUUGACCCCCUGCCGAGUGAUCGGCAUGUGUGUGACACUGAUGACCUUGGGCGCCAUUGGAGCCGCUGUCUGGGCCGUAGUUACAUAUUGCACAAUGGAAGAAGACACAGGCCUGUAUGAUGUUCAAGUAAAUUCUCCUGACCAACAUCUCAGAGUCUUUGACUCCACCCAUAAGAGGUGGCGUCAGGUGUGUUCCUCCUCAGCCAAUGAAUUGCUUGCUAGCAUCAGCUGUGAAGAAGUGGGCUUUGUCAGAAUGGUGAAUUAUUCAGUCACAUCAGUGCCUGAGGCCAGUGGCGAUGGUGGCGAGUUCUUCUGUGUCAGACAGGAAGAGCUCAGUUAUGGCAAGAAAAUCAAAGACUCGUUAUACCCAUGUGAAUGUGAGGACAGGGAGGUUCUCACACUGCUGUGCCAAGAUUGUGGCAGGCGCAGCUUUGCAGCCGACCGGAUCGUUGGAGGUGUGGACGCACGGCAGGGCAGCUGGCCCUGGCAGGUCAGCUUGCAGUACGAUGGAGUUCACCAGUGUGGAGGGUCCAUCAUCUCAGACCGAUGGAUUGUCUCUGCAGCUCACUGCUUUCCUGAACGGUACCGCUUUGUCAAUCGUUGGCGUGUGCUGCUUGGCUCCAUCUCCAAUAAACCGGACAACGCCAGUGUGAUGGAAGUCAAGACUAUUGUUUACCAUAGCAGCUAUCUGCCAUUUGUAGACGCCAACAUUGACGACAAUAGCAGGGACAUUGCUGUUCUGGCUCUCACCCAGCCACUCACCUUUAAUGAAUACAUCCAGCCUAUUUGUCUGCCAGCAUAUGGACAAAGACUGAUAGACGGACAGAUGGGAACAGUUACAGGCUGGGGCAAUGUAGGGUACUACGGUCAUCUGGCAGAUGUUCUUCAGGAAGCUAACGUCCCCAUCAUUAGUGAUGCUGUCUGUAAUGCUCCUGAUUACUACGACAACCAGAUCACUACCACUAUGUUCUGUGCUGGCUAUGAGAAGGGUGGCACUGAUGCCUGCCAGGGGGACAGCGGGGGUCCUUAUGUGGCAGAUGACUGCCUGUCUAAGACCAGCCGCUAUCGCCUGCUGGGAGUGGUGAGCUGGGGAACAGGCUGCGCUAUGGCCAAAAAACCGGGCGUCUACACCAAAGUGUCCAGAUUUCUACCCUGGAUAUCAACUGCCAUGAGGAAUUAUCACAACUCACCAGGAGUUCACAAAUUGGCUCGAACAUGAGAUUCCUGCACCCAUGCUUCUACUUUUUCAACUGCUGAAUGAGUGUGUGGACAGACACUACAGAUGAUGAUCAUCUAUAUCAAUGGAGAGUCCUGCUAUUCCAUAUUCAUAAGCAAAAGCUUGUUAAAUGUUUGCCAAUAUUUUACUAGUGCAACGUCUAUACAGUUGAAACCAGAGAGAGCAUGAGGGUUUAAACUCAAAGGCAAACAGCUGUUGAAGUUGGUUGUUAUUAUUAGUCAUGUUUGAAGACAUGACAAAGGUAAAUGAAAUGUGUAAAGUGAGAUUUUAUUAUUUGAUUCAUCUUCAGUACUUGAUAUCUUUUUGUGAAAGGGACCAGAAAUUAUUUGUAAUAAAUGCUAACCUUCAACCUGCAACUUCAGCAGUGACUGUACGUUGUGCAAUACAGAAGGACAGGAAGGUACAGACUGUACUUAAGCCUUGUAUACAUUAGAGAUCACAGUGAUUCUUACUUCCGUGAUACAUGUGUUUUUUUAUGAAUAAUUAUUCAUACAGUACAUUUGUCUGCCUAUGUUAAUGAUGGAAGGGGAAGCUGGCACUCAAAUCAGUAUUUUGUUGAUGUUUGUAAAUACUAGUUAAUGUUUUGUGUUGUUUAGUUUAGUUAAGGUAUGUGUUUAUAUCAAAUAUCUUACAAAUGUCUGAAUAAUCCAUAGAUUUUAACGCCAAGUGCAAUAACAGAAUAAAUCAAGUUCUCAUAAAACGUCAUGUUUAACCAUUUUCAGCACUGAUUUUUAGCUCUUUUAGAAUGGGAACCCACUAAACGAGCAUGAUCCUUGUAAAUACACAACAAAUGAUCCACUUAUAUGUACAUGACACAUGACCACGGCUACGUGAUCUGUACAAGAGAAUUACUGUGAGAGUUGUAAAAUUUAAAUUGAUGCAUUGAGUAUUGUAUUAAAAUAAAGUCUUAAUUCAAAAUUA